GUAGGUCUACGUGGUGAGGAGUGGGACCCCUSUCGUGCACCAACACCACGAUGGAUGACUACCCGAUGUAUGGGGUACUUGUUGGGUUCUCCCUCUGGGGGACCCUCUGGCUUCUCCUCUUUCCUCUGGGCUUUUGGCCCACUUUCACGUGUAGAGUAGGGCCCAGUCGCGGUGGGACGUCCACCACCCCCUACACGAAGGAGGAGGAGGAGAAGAUGGCCGCCCUUCUACAGGAGAAGAAGGAGAAGAAGGAGGCCAAGAAGAAGGCCUUGAAGGAGGAGCAGGCGGCCAAAUUAAAAAAGAUGGAAGAAGAGAUGGCCAGGGAGAAAGAGAAGUUGAAAAGGGAAGAAGAAGAAAAGUUGAAGGAGAUGGAUGAAGAAGAGGAAGGUCCGCCACUGCAAAAGAGUAGUGGGCAGCCCAGUAGCGGUAAUGGUGGGAACCUAGAGAAGAGAAUAUCCGAGUGGGUUGCCAACCUGACUGUGGGAGAAGAGGAAGAGGUUAGUAUGUACAUCCCACAGGAUCAGCAAGAAGUUGCCAUGAAGGCUUGGGAGGCAGAGAAAGACCCUUUGAAACGUCAAGCGUUGGAAGACGAGAAGAGGAUGGAAUGGAAAUUAGCGGUGAUGCGGGAGAAGAAGAGGAGAAUUGACAAGGCAGCGAAGGCGGUAGAGGCCUUAGAGGAAGUGAAGAACAUAGAGGUGCAAUUAGCCGCCCAGCCCGAUCUCCCGAAUCAGAUACGAGUCAUAGCUCGAAGUGUUGCAUGCCUGGCACGAGUCCAAGCAGACCAGUAUGACUUCAGCAGGAGUCAAGAUAUAGCUGUGCGCUCAAUACGAUUGGGCUUUAGGGACUUUGCUCGUGAGCUGGUAGGCGCCGUUGGGGCCGAGGUGGGUCAUCGCCUCGACAAGACUGAGCGGUUCUGUGCUGGCGCCAUUGAAGGCGUCAAGGCGGCAGCCCCCAAGGAAGAGGAACCACGCCCGCCACGUAGAGAGCCGAUCAAGGUCAAAUUCCCGGAUUCCUACAGUGGGAAGAGGGAAGAGAACUUUGAUAACUGGGAGGCCAACGUCAAGACCUAUGUGCAUUUGCAACAGGUCUCCCCGGAUCAACAGGUCUUGAUUGCGAUCCACGCGCUUAAAGAUGAGGCCGCCAGUUUUGCAAGGUCCUUGGUUCGUGCCGCUAACUGUAGCGACGAUCCCRUUGCCUACUCCUCGUUUACCUCCCUCACCGAAUUCCUGAAACUGCUGCGCGAGCGAUUUGCUGAUGUCGCCCGCAGUGUUAAGGCUUCAGAUAAGCUCCAAACCAUCCACGCUCGUAAAUGGAAGAGUGCUAGAGCACUCAAGGGUACGAUGGAUGAGUUGGUGGCCGUCCCUGACCAUAAGACAGAGAUGCACCGCAUCUUCAGGCCGUACCUGGAUAAGUUUAUGGUUGUCUACCUGGAUGAUAUCCUGGUAUUCAGCAAAACUACCAGGGAGCAUGCGGAGCACCUGGCUCUGGUUCUUCAGUUGUUACGUGACAGCCAGUACAAGAUUAACAGGGAGAAGUCCUCUUUGGGAAUUCCCUCUGUCAUCUACCUGGGUCACGUAAUCUCUGGAGAUGGUCUGGCCCCUGAAGCAGCCAAGAUUGCUGCUAUUCAGGAUUGGCCACAGCCCCAGACAGUGAGAGAUGUCCGGUCUUUCUUAGGUCUGGCCUCCUACUACAGAAAGUUCGUCAAGAACUUUUCUGCAGUGGCUGCACCCCUGACUAACCUCACAAAGAAAGACACUCCCUUUCUUUGGUCUCUUCACUGCCAGAUGGCCUUUGCACGACUCAAACAGGCCUUGACUCGUGCACCUGUUCUGAAGUUACCUGACCCCACCUUGCCUUUUGUCCUGACGACUGACGCCAGUCAGUAUGGCAUUGGGGCAGUACUUCAGCAGGAUGAUGGGAAUGGUCUGAGACCUGUCGAGUUCAUGAGUACGAAGAUCAAGACUCAGAAGCUUCAGGUUUCUACCUACGAGAAAGAGUUGUAUGCUCUUGUCAGUGCCCUGAAACAUUGGAAGCACUUUCUCCUGGGCAGGCACUUCAAGAUCCUUUCUGAUCAUUCCACUUUACAGUGGUUGAAGUCCCAAGGAGAGUUGAACGACAAAUUGGCACGUUACAUUCAGUUCAUUGAUCUGUUUGACUUUGAACUGAAACACAAGAAGGGAUGCUACAAUAAGGUAGCUGACGCCCUCUCUCGUAGGCCUGAUUCUUUUGCGCUGAUCUCCUCUACUCACUCCUUUGGAGAGGAGGUCCCUCAGACCAUCACUCGCCUACUACCUCAGGAUCCGACUUAUGGACCCAUCGUCAGGAAUCUGCAAGCAGAUCCCAACUCUGAACCUGGCUAUGCUAUGAGUUCAGAUCUGUUGUACACUUACAGCAGAGGAGAGGAGCGCUUGUGUAUCCCUGAGGAUCAACAGCUGAGUACACUGCUGAUGUCAGAGUGCCACGAUGCACGUGGGCACUUUGGGUUCUUAAAGUCGUAUGCAGCCCUAUCGCAGCGCUUCUUCUGGAAGGAGAUGCGGAGUGAUAUGCUGCGCUAUGUGGAAACUUGUGAGCUAUGUCAGAGGAACAAGGUUCAACGUACACCUCCUCUGGGACUGCUCAAACCCUUGCCCAUACCUGAUGGUCCUGCACAGUCUGUAUCCAUUGACUUCACAAACUUAGGCAAGACCAGCCCUCGGGGCAUGCGUCAGGUCAUGGUCUGCGUUGACAGGUUUUCCAAAUACGCAGAGUUCAUCCCCUUACCAGAGGUGGCGAGGGUCCUGGCUGUGAGAGCAGCCUUUUCUAAGAGGUGGGUCACACACCAUGGACCGCCCACUUCUAUUGUCAGCGAUCGAGAUCCCCGAUUCUGCAGCGAUGAGUGGCAGUCCUAUUGUAAGGACUACCUGCAUUCUCAAUUGGACAUGACCUCUGGUCGUCAUCCUGAAGCCAAUGGUCAGGCUGAAGUGAUGAACCAGAUCUUGUUCCAGUUGCUGCGUCCUAACAUCUCACUAGAUCAACAGGACUGGGACCUCCAUCUCGCUCGUGCAUAGCUUGUAUAUAAUAUGUCUGUCCACUCCUCGACUGGAUUCAUUCCCUAUCGAUUACACUGGGGACG